GCUUCGUCUCACCUGGCAUGCGAGCGAGGCGCGUGGAAGCGCUCCCGCUGGACGGCCCGAACGACCGCAGCAUCCUGGACAGCGCGGGCGCGGCGGCCUACGUCGCGACCAGCGGCCUGGGCCCAGCGGCGGGGCUCAAGGGCAAUCGGGAGGCGCUGGAGGUGCUGGCGCACUACGGCGCGCACAGGGACAUCCCGAGGAGCGAGAGCGGGAAGUUCAAGAUAAUCAAGGCGCGCCGGGAGCCGCAGAUGCGAGGAGGGGCUUGCAUGUGGCGACGCGUGGCGCGGGAGUUCAAGUGGACGGGGCCGCGGGGCAGCGCGUCCGCAGCGAGCUCCUCAGUGCAGACGAGCCGACAGGUGGACUUCGUCAGCAUCAAGGAGGAAAACCACGGCACGUUCAUUGCGGACUACGUGAAGGCCUACUACAAAGCAGACCAAACGGAGAUGGUGCGUGCGUGGGGCCACCUGCUGAGACAGCGCGUGGCGGGCGCUGGCUGGGUGGAUAGGGCGGCGAAGACUUUGAAAGGCGAGUGGGUUGGGCGAUGCGAGUGCCAGCCCCAGUUCUACUGCCGCAUGGAGCUGGAGGUUCUGAUCGAGGCGACGGAUGUCAUCAGGAAGGGGCGCUACUCUCACCUGAAGCGCGACAGGCUGAGACUCACGAGCGGGGGCGCGAUGCUGCGCUUGAGCGUGCAGCGCAUCAAGGACCUGAUCCACAUGAUGGGCAUGGAGAAGGCGAAGCCCGCCACGGUGCUGAGCUUGACGGAGGAGGAGCCGACUUGGAGUCCAGAGCUGGGCGAGAUCGAGACGGCAAAGUGCCGCAGCGCCGCGGGCAUCUCGCUCUACAUCUCCCCCGACAGAGCCGACGCCAACAGGGGC